AUGCUAUCAGUGAGUAUAGUGUUGUGUAGUGUUUUAAUAAUUACCUUGAUGUGUCUUCUUCUUUUACAGUGUGUAGAAGCCAAAAAGUACUGCUGGUAUUUUGAGGGUGGAUACCCCAUCUACUUCAUAUGUCGCUCAUAUGAGGACUGCUGUGGGACUCGCUGCUGUGUCAGAGCCCUGUCCAUCCAGAGACUAUGGUACUUCUGGGUGCUGCUGAUGAUGGGAGUGUUGUUCUGCUGCGGUGCCGGCUUCUUCAUCCGCAGGAGGAUGUACCCGUCCCCGCUGAUAGACGAGCCAGCCUUCAACGUCUCCUUCACCAGGCACCCUGUCACCACACCAGUGUCCCAGCAGCCAGGAAGCAUGCAAGGCUUCGGCGUCAACGGAAUGACCGGUGGCGACCCGGGCGUUACCAUGACGCACCCCAUGUACCCCGCACAGCCCGGCUCCGCACAUAUGAUGAUGAGCUCCUAUCCUCCACCUCCGUCCUACUGCAACCACCCGCCACCGCCCUACGAACAAAUAUUCCAAAACAGCGACAAGAAGUAA